AUGAACAAUCAUUGACAUAUUGUGAACUGUUAUAUUAUGUUCAAGUGUUAUCUUUAACUCUUCUUAACGAAUAUCAUGUGGUUCCAGGUGAGAUCGUAUGCCAGUGUAUUGAGCGAAGUUUAUCAAUGAUCAUUGGUUUAUUAUCAAUUGAAAUAAUUGGUGGUGUAUAUUGUCCAUUAUCACCAGAAAAUCCCAAACAACGUCUUCAAAAUCUUAUAGAACAAACACAAGCUCGUCUCAUACUUGUUCAUUCAUUAACAAAUCAAAUAUUUAAAAAUAAUUUUAUUACAUAUGAUAUUGAUACAAUCAUAAAUUGUGAUGAUAAAAUUACAAAUGAUGAUCUCUAUCAAUUAUCAUAUAUUUUAAUAACUCCAGAUAAUAUAGCAUAUAUUGUUUUUACAAGUGGGUCAACAGGAAUACCAAAAGCGGUCCAAGUACGGCAUCGUAAUUUAACUGCUUAUAUGCAAAGUCUUGCCAAAAUUACAGUAUUUAAAAAAAGUGACAAUGUAAUACAAAUCGCAAGUUGUUCUUUUGAUAAUCAUUUUCAAGAUAUUUUUGUAACAUUAAUGAUUGGUGCUGGUUUAGUUAUAUUACAUCCUCAUGGUAAUAAAGAUUUAACUUAUUUUAUUCAUCAAUUAAUGGACAAAGAUGUGACUAUUUUGGAAGCGGUACCAAGUUAUCUUGAUAUAUUAUGUCAACAUCUUGAAAUACAAGACGCAAAUGAAUGUUUAAAGAAAUUACGAACAUUGAGUAGUGGAGGUGAUGUUUUAACAAAUCAAAUAAUGUCACGUUUAAAAAAAUAUGCAUCUGUACCAUCGUCAUCGUCGUCAUCGGACGGCUGUCGGCUAUGGAAUACGUAUGGACAAGCUGAAGCAACAAUUACUUCAACAUAUUUUCAAAUAGGAUUCGAUUUUGAUUGUGAUAAACAAGUGAUGUCAAUUGGAAAACCACUUCCUAAUUAUCAUUGUUCAAUUAUAGAUGAAUAUUUUCAGUUUGUUGCUGUUAAUCAAGAAGGUGAAUUAUUUGUUGGUGGUGCAUGUGUAUUUGCUGGAUAUUUUGGUCGUAAUGAUUUGACAGCAAAAAUAUUGAUGGAAAUUAAUAAUAAUAUAUUUUAUCGAAGUGGUGAUCUUGUUCGAUGCGAUAAUCAAGGUUUUCUCUUUUUUAAAGGUAGAAAAGAUCAUCAAGUAAAAUUACGAGGACAACGUAUUGAAUUGGCUGAAAUUGAGAAAUGUCUUAUGAAUGCAUCAUUACUUGUAUCUGCUUGUUCUGUUAUGAAAUGGAAAGAACAACAUUUAGUUGCUUAUGUUCAAUCUUCUCAUAUCGAUGAAGAACAACUACGCCAACACUGCCAAUCUCAUCUUCCAUCGUAUAUGGUACCAGCAAUAUUCAUUAUACUUGAUAAACUACCUUUAAAUUCAAAUGGAAAAAUAGAUAGAAAACUUCUACCGCCACCUGAUUUUUCAUCGUCAACUGAUAAUAUUGAUGGUAAUGUGGCGCACACUACUUUAGAAAAACAAUUACAACACAUAUUUAGUCAAGCUUUCCAUAUUGAAUCUCCUCAUGUUGAUAUUCCUUUCGGUCAACUUGGUGGAACAUCAUUAGGUGCUAUCUUUGCACUGACAUUGAUUCGUCAGCAGAUUUAUAAUAAAGUUGACAUUGGCCUUUUAUUUGCUAAUCCAUCUAUUCGACAAUUGGCUAUAGCAAUAGAACCGUUCUUGAUUUCGAAUCAAUCACAAAAGAUAGUGCUCGCACCCAAUCAAUCUCAUGAAAUACUUCUUCGUUUUUCACCUUCAUUUGUUAUAGAAUCUGUAGGUAUUCUAUUUCUUGUCUGUCAAUGGUUAUGUCCAAUUAUAUUAAUUCAUCGAUGGUGUUCAUUCCUUUUUCCAAUCUUACCAGCAUUUCAUCUUUUAUUCUAUGUCAUCUGCUCGCGUCUAUUGUCACCACGCUACAUCAAAACUGAUAAUCUUUUCUCUUGGAAUUAUUAUCGAUGGUGGUGUUUAGAUCGACUAUGGAAUAAUAAUACAUUUUGGUUGCAGCAUAUACUUGGCACAUCACUCUACAAUUAUUAUCUUCGUCUUUGUCGUGCGCGAAUUAGUCUCAACACUCAUAUUUAUACCACAGCUAUCGAUGCUCCGUGGUUGUUAGAAAUUGAUGAUGAAUGUUGGAUUGGUAGUGGAACGUAUUUGAAUUGUUUAUAUUUUAAUGAUGAUAACACGUUCAAACUGAGUCCAAUUAGAAUUGGACCUAAUUGUUCAAUCGGUACACGAUCAGUUCUAUUUGAUGGAGUUGAUAUGCAAAACAAUAUUAUUGUUCAACCAAUGUCGUCAGUCACUGGCUUCGUCGCCUCUGGAACGAUUGUUGAUGGUGAUGAACACAAAUCUCUUCCAUUAGACAUCUCCAUUGUGCAGAGUAACAGAUCAUUAUCGAUAUGGCAUAAGAUCUACCAAAUUAUUGUAAUCAGCUCGAUAAUCUGUAUUCAUUAUACACUUUUGAUCCUCGUCUAUAAAGUUUAUUCAGUUGGACAAAUACCACUACCAAUCAAUAUUGCUUUUUGCUGGACUUUAUGGUCAAUUAUUGGCUGUUUCAUUUCUCUUCUCCUCUUGAAAUUCGUAGUUGGCUCUUGCGCUGCUGGUGAAAUAUAUCCGAUAGCAUCUAAGUUAUAUUUACAAAAAAUAUGGCUUCGUCAAUUAAUUGUAUCUAGUUUUUAUCAUGCUUGGCUAUUGCCGACUAGCUACGAUUAUCUUUAUCCUUAUGUUCUUCGUUGGUUAGGUGCUCAUGUCGAAGAGAAUGUUAAACUCGCUGAGAUAGACACUUUUCUAUCCUGUCCAACAAAUCUAUUGAAAAUUGAAACAGGUGUCACUACUUUUGGUGGAGUCCUAAUAGUUUCUACUGAGUUGACACUCUCAGGUGAUCAUCGUGUAGAUCAAAUAAUACUUGGAUCUCACACAAACCUUGCCAAUGGAUGUUCAAUUUUACCUGGUAGUUGCCUUGAAUCUGAGACAAUUAUUGGCAAUUUAACACGUGUCUCACGAGAGACAAAAAGCAAAUGCGGAGAAGUUUUUAUGGGUGUUCCAGCUCGUGCAAUGCCAUUCCAAAUGCCUCCCAGGCUAGAAGUACAAGAUCAAAUUGGAAUCAUACCAUUUUGGCAUACGUGCUUGUCUCAUUAUGUUAGUAAAUGUCUUUUAUUAAGCAUUUAUUCGUUUGGUGGUCUUGUUGGUGGAUCAGUCAUUCGUACAAUACUUGUCUGUAGCCUUUAUCGAUGUCGUUCAUAUAUACGCCAUCAAAUUGUACAACAAAUAAUAGGAAUAAUGAGUCAAGAUUAUGAACAAUUUAUUUGUCCAUUUCUUGGCAAUACACAAUGGCUGAUUCGACUAUUUCAAGCAUACGGCGCUCAUAUUGGUGAGAAUGUCAUAAUGCCUGAUAUAUCGAGUAUUACUGAUUAUCAUUUGAUGACUAUUGGAGAUAAUGUUCGACUUAAUAUGGGUACACAGAUACAGUGUCACAGUUUCGAACAACGUAUUUUAAAACUAGCUCCUGUAUCAAUCGGUAAUUCAUGUAUACUGAUGAGUUACUCAAUUGUAAUGGCAGGCUGCAAAAUAAUGAGUAACAAUCGUCUUUAUCCCAUGACAUUGAUAAUGAAAAAUGAUCAAUUACCACCAGAUACUCACUGGAAAGGAGUUCCUGCACGUAAGUCAGGUAGAUAG